AUGGAUGAUUUUGCGAACUCCACGUCAUUGUGUCUUGGGAGUCAGCAAUGCAUGCAAUGGGCCAAAAUGAGCAGUGAUGUGAAAGACAGAGUUUCCACCACAUUAGGUAUAAUCAGUGUCAUUGUUUGGGUUGUUGCUGAGAUACCUCAACUAAUCACAAACUACAAAGAAAAAUCUUCUGAGGGUCUCUCUGUUACUUUCUUGUUGACAUGGAUAAUCGGAGAUCUAUUCAACCUCUUCGGAUGCUUGCUAGAACCUGCUACUCUUCUUACUCAACUUUAUACGGCAGUGCUCUAUACCAUUAUAACUCUUUCACUUUGUUUACAAGCAAUUUACUAUGGACACAUAUAUCCUAAACUGAAAUGCAAUAGACAGCUCAAGAUUGACACACCAACAAAUGCAGAACAAGGCAAGAGUGGAAUGGAAAGAGCCAAUGAUGCUAAUCAGAGCAUUGAGUUUGAUCGUCUCGAAAGACCAGGCGUUGGUUUGAGUUCUCCAAUUCCUCUUCCAGCACAUGCUCAAAAAACUUUUGUUGAAAGACAAUUAUACUACCAGUCAGCAAGAUAUCUAUCAAAAACUGGCACUCCAUCGACAUCUAUCUUAGGCCAAAGAUCUACUCCUCUUAUUGUCAACCCUAUACAAGAGCCCUUGCUUGGUUCAGCUAUCCUUGCACAAUCUGCGCCGGUUUUAAAGACUAAAACUACUCUUUGUUUGGUGUCAACAUUAACUUUUCUUGGUGCCUUCAAUCUGCUUCAGUCACCAGAUGCAAGAAGUCAUUCCAUGAGCUCAAAACCAAGACAAGAAUUUGUGAUUUAUGUUGGAAGAAAGCUUUUGCAGGUUAGUGGCAAUCACUUGUCAGAACAUGAUGUGGUAGGAGAGAGUAGCGUUGGUACUCUACUUGGUUGGGCAAUGGCACUUAUAUAUAUGGGUGGAAGACUUCCUCAAAUCUGUUUAAAUAUCAGAAGGGGUAACUGUAAGGGCAUCAAUCCUUUGAUGUUUCUCUUCGCUUUAAUCGGGAAUGUCACUUACGUAGCAAGCAUACUUGUCAGAAGCUUGGAGUGGUCCAAAAUUGCCCCAAAUCUACCGUGGCUCAUAGAACCAGGAGGAUGUGCCCUUCUUGAUCUUUUUAUUUUAAUGCAAUAUAUAUACUUCAAACAUAGGGCCUCCCAAGGCCAGGAGAGUUAGCACAGACAUCAACGUGCUGCCUAGAUGAGGAAGAAACAUGGGUUUUCAGCUUACUAAUUAACAUCUAGUUAAGAGAAGUGCUUUCUCUAGUUAAUUAGUUUGCUAUGAAUGUAUAUACAUUUAGCACGGUUAGCCUGGUGUCAGUGGUGUGUGUACAUAUUUCUUUAUGCUCUUUCAAUAGGUGGAGGAGUCAUUUGGAGGACACUGAAUACUAAUUAAGAGGAACCUUAAUUAUUGUAAAUGAUUCUGUUGC